AUGGAUACUUCUGAAAAAGAUACAUCCUCGUCUACAUUGAGAAGAAUAUCAAAUACUCUUCAACAUCUUGGAUCAUCAUCAGCUCGUGAUCAACCAAAUCAUAUUGAAGACAAAGCAAGAGAUGAACUACCAUUGCGCACUCCAGAUGUAAACCUUCUCAAACAUUUGUUGGAUGGAGGUUACAGUAAUGAUCGUGAUCGUAUUAGGAAAUUGAUGCAAACUAGCAGUGCAUUCGAUGAGCUGCACCUCACUCAGUUAUUGUCACAAGAAGUCCAACGUGAGAGAACACUCAUUGCUGCCAAAGAAGUCAUCAAUGAGUCCAUUGUAUCCGUCACUGAUAUGAUUGACAACCCUGCCAAGUUCUUAUCAUGGUUCGAAACAGUUGCCUUUUGUGAUCCAAGUGUUGUUCUCAAGUUCGCUGUACAGUACAACCUCUGGGGAGGCACGAUCUUGUUGCUGGGCACAAAGAAGCAUCAUGACAAGUACCUCAAUGACAUCACCAAUGGCAAGCUAUUGGGUGUGUUUGGAUUGACAGAGUUGGGACAUGGCAGCAAUGUCCAGGGACUGGAGACUACGUCCACAUUCGAUCCACGCACACAAGAGUUCAUCAUCAACUCGCCAACCUGGACCUCUCAAAAGUACUGGCCAGGCAACAUUGCAACACAUGGUCAAAUGGCCACAGUGUUUGCUCGUUUGAUCAUUGGCGACACUGAUCAUGGAGUGCACGCCUUUGUUGUGCCAAUUCGCACGGCACCCUCUUCCGCCCAUCCAUACGGCGUGCCAUGGACAGGCGUCGAGAUCAGAGACAGCAUUGGAAUCAAAUCAUCAUUCAAUGGCAUCGACAAUGGAGGACUGUUGUUCAAGAACGUUCGCAUCCCAUUGGAGAACAUGUUGGAUCGCUUCAGCAGUGUCUCGCCAUCUGGAAACUAUCGCUCCACAGUGCCACCCCGCAAUCACUUUGCAGCAAUGAUGAGUGUCUUCUUUGUUGGACGUCUCUGUGUCUCCUCCAUCUCGCUCUCAACAUUCAAGGCAGGACUUGCCAUCGCCCUCUCAUACUCUAGCAACAGACUCCAGUUUGGUCCACCUGGCUCCAAGGAGCAGCCCAUCAUCAACUACUCCACUCAUCAAAGGAGACUUAUUCCACAUGUAGCUAGGACUUAUGCAUUGGACUUUGCUCACAAGAGCACUGUAGUUUGUAAGAAAUCAUUGGACGUGUUGCACUCUUACUCAAGUGGCCUCAAAGCCGUUACAUCAUGGGAGUCACUGGUGGCACUCCAGAAUGCACGUGAGUGUAUGGGUGGACAGGGUAUGAGACUAAAGGCCCGUAUCACAAUGCUCCGAGCACACAGUGAUAUGUCAGCAACAGGCGAAGGUGACAAUACUGUAUUAUGUCAACAGGUAGCCAGAUUCUUGUUGAACGCCUACCACACUGCAAUGAAGAAUGGUGGACAGUUCACUGGCGAGUUGCAGUAUGUCAACAACAUCAACAGUCGUCCAACAACAGACAACUGGCGCAGCCUUACCUACCAGCAAUGGCUGAUGGAGAAGAGAGAGUUCCUUAUGAUCAAAGAGUUGCACAAGAGAAUGUACACAAACAAUCCAAACAUACACAAGGAGUCAAAGGAAUGGUUCGCAUUGUGGAACAAGAGUCUAAACCUUUGUAUUCAGUUGACCAAGGCCAAUGUGGAUAGAUUGGUACACUCGAUCUUCUUACAAAAGAUCAUUGAUACUACAUCAGAGCCAAACGCCAACACUGUUCAAAUGCUCAAGAAGCUGUGCUGCCUUGAUGGAUUGGUGCAGAUCCAGAGAGACCUUGGAUUCUACUGCUCCACCGGCGUCAUCCCCGCUGCUGGACAUGAAAAGUGGAUCAAGUUGGACGAUGAGAUCACCUCACUAUGCAAUGAGAUCACGCCAUUCCACAAAGAGUUGACUGAUGCCUUUGGUAUUCCAGCCAAGUUCCAUCCAUUCCAAACCUCCAUCGAGCAA